AAAGCUAAGUUACUUGCCCGGGUUCAUAUCAAUGCACGAGGUGUCCUACUUCGAUUUCUUGAACCGUGUACAAGUCGAAGAAAAUAAACUCAGAUCAUUGGGUUUAUGGGAAGUUCCUCAUCCAUGGCUUAACCUAUACGUCCCUAAAUCUCGGAUUCUCGAUUUUCAUAACGGUGUUGUCAAAAACAUUCUUUAUAAGCAAAAAUCAACUUCGGGACUCGCUCUCCUCUAUCCAAAAAACCGGAAUAAAUGGAACAAUCGUAUGUCGGCGAUGAUACCAGAGGUCGAUGAAGAUGUUAUCUAUGUCAUCGGACUACUACAAUCCGCUACUCCACAGAAUUUGCAAGAAAUGGAGAGCGUUAACGAGAAGAUAAUUAGGUUUUGUAAGGAUUCAGGUAUCAAGAUUAAGCAAUAUCUAAUGCAUUAC